UGUAUUCUGGCUGCAUCUCAAUCGAACGAACCUCCUCUGGCCAGACAUUAAACUGCAGCAACUAUAUGAAACUAUAUCAUUCAAGCCAUUUCUGUUGAACUCUUCCCUUUUUUUUUCCUAGUUUCGGCUGGUUUGGCGGGGAUCCGUGCGUGCAUCACGCUUACGUAACAGAGAGCAUCACUCGGUAGCUGGUUUGCAAGGCAAGGACGGAAUUCAAGCAAGCAUUUUUGUAUUCCAUUCUUGUUAAUCCCACUGAUUUCUGAAGGGAUUACCGGACCAAUCAUGAUAGACGGACGGCGGGUUCGCCUGACACUGCCUGGAUUGGCAGCUACGAUUUUGGAGAUGAGCAACGAUAUCAAAGGCAAAUAGGAUCCGUAUAAAAUGUGAAGAUGCUUUAAGAAAUCUCGUUUGCUUUUUUAAAAUUUUCUAAUUCGGUGGGGGUAGUUUUGGCAUCUCUUUUCUGCUGAUGUUCGUCAUCGACCUGAUGAAAGCUGAAGCGACUGUUUGGCGCAGUUGUUAUUAGUAAGAAAGGUAACUUUACUUGUGCAGCUUCACCAGCAUUUAUGGCAACGUUUGUCGCAAGGGUCAACACUGGAAUCGUGUAUUAAAGAAUAUCAUCUUCUCCCCCAGACUUUGUUUGGACCUGUUUUUACUGAGCAGCCAAUGGAGGGACAGAAAGCGGAUGAUAAUUUUCACGCAAAAUCCAGUUGCCCUAUGCCUACAGGGAUUCCCAUUAACUGGGGGCUCAUUACUGGUCCUGUCCCUGAGCCCGUUUUCUCAGUGCCUUCUUUGAACACCUCACUUCCUCCGCCUCAGAGUCCGGCUGUGCAUUCUCUGCAGACCAAGGUGAAGUCGCUCUCACAGAGAAGAACAAGAGGGAGAGAAAGAGAGAAAGAUAGAGAAAGGCUGGACACAGAUGUUCUAGGGAGCAGCUCAGCUGCACAGAUUCCACCUGAAGUCUCAUUCAGGCAGAGACCAAGAGGAAAAGGGCAGCUAUUACUGAGUGCUACGUCCUGGCGAUCAGGUACCGCAAAGGAUUUGAGCACUAGUGAUGAAGAGGAGGAAGUCGAAGUCCAGGUCAGGUUACAGAUUCACAGUCCUCCUGUUGAAUUGGUGCAGGUGGGAGAAGGAAGUGAAGAGGAGAAGUCAGAGAAAGCUGAGGCUCAGGUCAUUUCUGAAACUGAACAGCCUUGUGGGCUCAGAGAGGUUACCUGCCUCCAGAAUCAUCUCUCAGAAAACUCAUGCCAUAACAAAGAUAACCCAUCACCUCCUUCUUCACCGCCUGGGAUCUCCUCCUCUGCCUCCACUUCUGCAUCUGCAGCAGCUUCCCCUGCAUCAAAACUCUGGGCACCUCCAAAGGGCUUCUGGAGAGUGGCACGUCCAGAAACAUUACUACUUAAUGGGAUUGGCCCUCACAACAUACCGCCUACUUUAACACUGAAGGACUACACUCAGAUUGAGCCUCAAAGUCAGGUAGAGUCUCAAACGAAGUCGAAAUCUACCGAAACAGGGAGCAAGAAUGAGGUGGGGAUUGUGAUUGAGGAUGCUGAGGCAUUUUCAAAGUGCAAACAGCCGGACAGCGUGGAUUGUUACCUGGAAAGGUGUGAACAAAAGGAGGCGGAAGGGACGGAUUCAGCCAAAGGACUGUGCAGUUCGGACAGCUGGGACAGCAUGUCUUCCCAAAGUGGAGUGCUCUGUGCGGAUUUGAAGCUCAGAGUGAAGGAAAGGGCCUAUGCAAAAUUGAGGGAAAGACAACAAAACUGUAAGGAGGAGCGAGAUCCGAGUGGAGGAGAAAACGUUGGUUAUAUUGGAGACAUAACAUAUAGAGUGGAUUAUAAAGUUUCAGGUAACCCUGACGUUCUGGACCACACGGACACAGCCUUUAUUGCUCAGGAACUUGAACCCUAUUUGAGGUCACUUCUUGUCAUCGGUGAUGAGCUUCCUCUAAGCCCAAGACAUGAGCAAGCCAAGCGUCUUCUUGAGCGAGCCAGGCUCAAGGCUCGCUCCAAUCACAUUAAAGGUGAUCGCCCCAGACGUUCCGCUUCUGAUCAGAGAUCCUCAGUGAAGAAGCAGCAAAUAGAAUCUGCAAGUCCAACAACGGUACAGAAAGGGGUUCAAGAAAAAGAAGAUCCUCCAGCCCAAACAUCUGGUCCCCUUCUUGUUCCAGUACCAAGAGACACUUCCCCCAGCGAUCAAGCAGGUCAAUCCAGACGGUACGGUUGUUCCCCCACACGUGUACGCUUUGAAGACGAAUCGGAGAAGGAAGCAGAAUCUCGUUACUUGGACAGAGUGAGACAGCGUGGCAGGCCAGGGAUGCCUAAGGCCAGGAGUAAAGAAAGUAAUGCAGAUUCCAGCAGUAGCGGCUCGGAUAGGAGCAAAGGCCAUAAAAGUGUCUCCAAGUCCGCUUCCCAGAAGCAAGAAGGUCUGCCAAUGAAUGGAAAAACCAAAACUGUUGUUAAAGAAAUAAUAGUGCUGGUGAAAAAGUGUGAAGCUUGUGGCUCUGUGGUGAGGGAACCUCAGCCAGUCUCACCGCUAUCAGAUCCACAGAAGAGUGAAGCUCAGGAAUCUGGCAUCUCCGAGGACCCACGGGGGAAGGCCACUCCUCGCUGGGUGUUAUCAAACAAACCGGAUGCAAGCACUCGUCCUAAAGCUCCACUUACUGUCACUUUUGCUGGAGCUUUUGUUUUGGGAGAGAGCAAAGAAAGCAGCACAGGGUGGAAGCCAUCUGGUUUUGGGAAACUCAGGAGAAGGAGCAGGAAAGGGGAAAGUCGGAUGGAGUCGGGUAAUGGUCCUUACGGCCCGUCCUGGGCCCAGCGACGCAACUCAAAUCCACGGAAUAGGGUUAACCUGAGCAGAGCUGUUUCAUUUGCCCCUGAUAGUCCUGUUGCUCUGGAGCCACAUUUACUGGGGGGAUCUGACCCUCUGAGAGAAUCACCCACCCCAUCUCUUCCUAUUAAGUCAGCACUCAAGUCAAGUUCAAGAAAUCGCUCAGCUGCAAAUCAGUCAACAGUCCAAUUCCAGAUGUCUUCGAAUCAAACAGGAGAAGGCGGAUCCCCUGCCCUGCUAGAUUCUUUGGAGACGAGAAAGGAGUCACCUGUAUCUUCAAGCCAAGGGACACCUACAACAAGCAUCACAGUGCCAUGUAUCAGGCCCUCCUCGCUGAGAUACUCCCCAGCCAGAGUCCCCGCAGACCUGUCAUCUGCUGAGCUCUGGGAUGCCACUCCAGAUGGAGCAGUCGGCCUGAGUGGAGACACUGGUUCUGGUUCAGAGUGCCGUGCCCUGCGCGGUCUUGGGAUCUUUCGGGCCGAAGAUCUCAGAGCUGAACUGUUGAGAGCGGAACAUCUGAAGGCAGAAGCCUUAUGGGAGGAAAACUCUGACAGUUCCAGAAAACUGGAUGGAAGGCCGAAGCUCUUCCUGCGGCGCUUCUUUUCCUCCAUUGGCCUGAAUAGCGUGGGCAGACUUGUGAAAGGGGGGCGCUCCAGUAGCAUGGAACAGCUCAGUGUCCCCACUAUCCGGGUGAACUCAGCUUCACCGAGCCCCACGCGCAGGCCGCAGCCAGCCAUCCGCAUACAGAGGACACCCUCUCUGCAGACCCUGCACACUGUGCUGCCACUGGCCCAGCUGCGUAAAGCUUCCUCUGUGCAGAGUUUAGAAAGAAGGACAGAACGGUCAACAAUACUUGGAGAAGUGCACAUUCCCUAUGGGCUGGCGCCCAGCCCUGACAGCCCCCAGCUUGAGCUCCACAGAGCCCUUAGUGUUGAGGAUGUGCUUGUCUCUAGAAUGGUGCGUCCAGUGGGCCGGGUCACCCAAGCUUUCCCUGAUGGGACUGUCCUCCUGGAGCUCAUUAAACCCCCGAAUGGUCCUUUUGGUUUUGUCAUUUCAAGGGGCAAAGGUCGACCAGACACGGGUGUAUAUGUUGAGAAGGUGGGUGAUGGCAGUGGUGAGGGCCCGCUUGUUGGCAUCCUCGGCGUUGGUGAUGAAAUUCUGCAGGUGAACGGCGAGGCAGUGGCUGGACUCAGUUUGGAGCAAGUGACACGUCUCAUGACCAGGGAAAGCACCGCUUCCCUUCGGAUCCUGCCGGCCCGACGCAAUCAGCGCUGAGGCAUGACAGGGAUGGCACACAGCCUUUUCUCCUGGGGACAUAUAUAGCAACCGAGCACGACACAAACUUUGCAGUUUGACUGUAAAAUAUGAAAAAAACCAGACACAGUGCAGUUAGAAAAAAACUACCAGAUAUGGGGUGAAAUUCUUUUAGUGCAAACAAAUCCGGCAGUACAGAGGACUAUGCUAAAUAAAUGAAAACAUCCUUUUAGACUGGUUUCAGGGAAUACAUCACACUUAUACCUCAGUUCCAUUUUAAAUUCAAGUCCACCACAUUUUUAUCACUAGUUUAGAUAGAUAUGUAAGUAAACCUUUAUUUUCUUUUGCUCCUCAAAUCAUAUGAUAAAGCUUAAGUGAGAUUAUAGUUUGUCAUGCACUUAAAUGCACUUGUUGAUUUUAAUUUUUUUUCCCAGAUGACUGAUGAUUUAGAGUUUUUUUCCACAUGUUAGCUUGACCUAUCGUCCCUAAAACUAAAGAGCUAUGUGGAUCUAUGUCACAAUCAAGAAUUGAGUGUGGUUUUGUGCAUAUGUUUUUCUGGAUGGAGCUCUACAAGGUCUCCACAUUUUGCUUCUGCUUGGCCAUUAAGGCUAUGUUUUCAUGGACCUAAUAUCAGUUUUUUGCUUCUAAAUAAAAUGUCCAAUUUUGUCAAACACUGUCUUUAUUCUUACAAUGAAACAUCUGUCUAUAUUGGAGUAUUUUGUGGAAUAAAACCUCCUGUACAUACAAUGCUUUUAUCUAACAUUGUUUUCAUGGGACGUCAUUGGCCAUCCAUUCAUUAUCUAGAACUACUUCUUGUUUAGGGUCACGGAGGUCUGUAGGGGUGCAACCUGCAUAAGUCCCAUCGCAGGGCAUGAUGCCAUAAGUUUUUGUUUAAAACUGAC